CCUUGAAUACACGGCAACAACACGCCUGAGAGACACACAGACUCUGGCUUUCUUUUUUUUUUAUUUUUUAUUUUGUUGUUGGUAAAAGGGGGCAGAAAAAAAAGAAAGGGAGCCCUUCGACGCUGCGGAUAUGAACUGAAAAAACACCACUGGAAGAGGCGCUGACCGCUUUCUCUCCCCGAAAAAAUUGACUGUAAAGGUGGAAAACUGCACCCCCCCAGUACACUUCUUCUUAUUCAGAUACAGCUACACCCAAAAGCCCCGACCGACCCCCUCCUGCCGCUCCACCCCUCCGCCGCCGCACCGCUUCGGCAACCGAGAUGCACACGGAGACCCGUAACAAGAAAUGCCAGUCGACUCCUAAGCAGAAGAAGAGUGCUAGCGGUGUUGCCGGCGCCCAGAGGAAGCAGAAGAGCCCGGCGAGGCAGAGCGCGCUGACCCAGCAGCAGCAGCAACAGCAACAACCGCCGCCGCCGCCAUCAUCGCCGCCGCCGCCGCCCACAGCCCCGGAAGAGGAGGAGGAGGAGCCGGCGACCAGGCCUCGGCCGCCACAGGAGGGGGAGGAGGAGGGAGGCGAGGAGGAGCGGGAGGAGGUGGCGGCGACGACAUCUUCCAAGGAGAAGAGGGAAGAGGAGGAGGAGACGAAGAAGAAGAAGAAGAAGGAGGCGAAGAAGGAGGAGGAGGAGACAGACAUGCCCUCAGUACAGAUCAAACCAGAGCCGGAGGAGAUGGAGUGCACGCAGGUGGGUGUCGGUGACGGCUGCCCGCAGCCUGCAGACCUGAAGCCCAAGACAGAGCCGACGGCGGUCUGCAAGACAGAGCCGGCAUCCUCGCCCGGCCCGCCGCCCGCCGAGGACCAGACCGAGCCCGUCGACCUGUCGCUCAACAAGCCCCGCCCCUCCUCGCUCCCGGCCGCCACGGCGACAACAACCACAGCCACGGCCAACCCGGCGCCGAGCGGGGCCGUGGCCCAGCCCAGCCUGUCGGCCACGCCCGUCCCCACCACGGUACAAUCGCUAGGCUCCAUGGUUCUGUCUCCGGGGUCCAUCCUGGCCACGCAGGGCGCCGGCGGCCAGCAGAUCCUCCACGUCAUCCACACCAUCCCGUCGGUCAACAUGCCCAGCAAGGUGGGCCAGCUGCAGACCAUCCCUGUGGUGGUGCAGUCGCUGCCCGUCGUCUACACCGCCAUGCCCACCGACGGCGUCGCCACGGCAGCCAUCACCGUACCGCUGAUAGGCAGCGACGGGCGCUCAGAGGGAACCGUUCGUAUAAAGCCGGGCUCGACGUCUCCGGUGGAGUACCAGAGCGACAGUGACGCAGAGAGCGGCACGGAGUCGGGAUCGGCCUCCUUCAGCGCCCAGAGCCUCGACGCCGGGUCGGUCAUCGAUCUUGAGCCGGUAGAUCCUGAUUCGCCCGACAUCAAGAGGAGGCGGAUCCACAUGUGUGACUAUGAAGGCUGUAAAAAAGUUUACACCAAGAGCUCCCACCUCAAAGCUCACAGGAGAAUACACACAGGAGAGAAACCCUACCACUGUACCUGGGAGGGCUGCACCUGGCGCUUCGCCCGCUCCGACGAGCUCACCCGACACUUCCGCAAGCACACGGGCAUCAAGCCUUUCCGCUGCACCGAGUGCGACCGCUCCUUCUCCCGGUCCGACCACCUGUCCCUGCACCGCCGCCGCCACGUCAUGAUGUGAACUCUGACCUCUUGACCCCGCCCCUCCGCCCCGCCUCCACCCGUACCUGUCAUCCACGCCCCCAAACCACCCCUCAACCCCUCAUAGCACAUCUUGUACCAGAGCCCCCUCCCACCCUGGACUCCGACCUCUGUUCCGACCCACCG